GGGCAGUAUAUGUUGAGAAACCUAUUGUAGAUCCCUUGACGGACUUUAUACCUCUCAUUCCUACAAACAAUCGAGUCCAUGCAGAGCAAGUGGCACGACUUUUCAAAGCUUUAUAUUUGGGACAGUAUAAUCAGAGGGCACACGAACUGUGUAGCGAAAUUGGAAAAGUGCCAAAACUUUUUUACAUUAACAAAGAGGUGGUGGAUGGUUUUUACAUGGUAGUGAUGGAUUAUAUUGAGGCCAUGCCACUUUAUUAUUGCGACUCGCUUAGUCAUGAUGAAUAUAAAACGAUUUUAGAGUAUGUUGAAGAAGCUAUUGACAAAUUGCAUGAUGAAAAUAUUGUGUAUGCUGACCUUCGUGAUUCCAAUAUUUUGCCACCAGGGGCUGAAGAUAGGAAGAAACUGGAUCGGAAAUACGACAUUUAUUGGUUAAAAUCGUUGAAAACUAAAUAUUUGG